AUGGGUGCCGCUGGAAGGAAGAGAGGACGAGGAAGAGGAGGAAGAGGUGGUGCAUCUUCUUCGCAAGCCAGAACUCCAUCCCCUCUUCCUAAUCGGUUUGGUCGUGACAAGUCUUCACUGACCCGUAAGAUAACCAAAGUCUUUACAAACAAGUUCGAUGGUCUUUUUUAUAGCUGGACAUGUGUGCCUCGGGAAAGACAGGAGCGGUUCUUUGUUGAAUUCGCGAAAACACACACCUGGGAUCCCUUAAUAACUGGUGUUGUUCAACAAAAGUUUGAGAGUAUAUGUCAACAAAAGAUGAAAGAUAUGGAAAGCAAAGUAAGGACUUCUCGGGAGCAACCUAAUUGGAUAGGUGAUACUCUCUGGAAGCAAAUGAGCCAGUAUUGGAACACUGAAGAAGCCAAAGAGAAGAGUGCAACCACAUCAGGGGCUCGGCUGUCUGAACGUAAGGGUCUUGGCCCUCACAUACCCGUGUCAGAAGAAGAAUUGGGAAGACCGGUGAGUCUUGGUGAAGUUUUCAUCAAGACUCACACAAAAGCAGAUGGGACCUUUGUAGACCGAAAGGCAGAGAGCGUGGCUGAAAGGUAUAAGAGGAACUUGGAAGCUAGAAUUAGUAACCAAGGGGCACUAGACUCAGAUGCUUUAGAGGAGCUAACCGUAGAAGAGGAGAACGACCUCUUUCUCCAGUCGACAUUCACAAAUGAAAGAGGCAUUCCAUAUGGAAUUGGAAGCCUUUCACAGUCGCAUAUCAAUGGAAUGAGGAAGUACCCGGGUAGCUCUUCAACAUACAAGACUCUGCAAGAACAACUAGAAGAAGCUCAACGCAAAAUAGAAGAACAAGCAGCUGAGAAUGCAAGGCAAAAGUCCGAUCUUACAAGAGUUUCUGCAGAGCAACAAGCGAAGAUCGACAAACUCUCCCUGGUCGAUAGGUAUUUGGCUGCAACUGAUCCAGGGUUUUUAGACUUUUUGGCCGCAAACAACACCUAUGAAGAGCCAGAUGCUGCUCCGAUGACUUCUGCUCCUCAAACCAUUAUUCUCCCGGAAUCAUAG